GCAAGCUUCCUCCUCGCCGUUGUUGUUGGAGGCAGAGCGAGGAGAGAGGAAGCGCGACGGAGGGAGAGAGAAGAAGAAGAAGAAGAACCAGAGGAACAGAGGACGACUCGACCUGAUCCUCCAGGGAAGUGACCCCGCCCUCGGCUCCGCCCUCGACCUCGCCACAGGACAGACUUCCUCCUUCCUCCUCUGACACGAUGUCUCCUAUUGGAAACAAGGAGACGACGGUCUGAACCAUCCCAACAUGGCCGACGACCUCUACAGCAGCACCUUCUCUGCCUCUGAAUCAGACUUCUCCUCCUCUUCCUCCUCCUCCUCCUCCUCCUCAGUGUCAACCUCCUUCCUCACGCUCGAGCAGAGAGCGGCCUUCCUCUUCGUCCUCAUCCUCUUCAUCUUCUUGGGCCUGCUGAUUGUUCGAUGUUUCCGGAUCCUUCUGGACCCGUACCGCAGCAUGCCGUCCUCCACCUGGACCGACCACGUGGAGAAGGACACGUUCCACUACCGCAUCUCCUGACAGGCGGCCUGAGAGGCAGCGACCCGACGACCAUCACUCUGAGACGGAGAAGCAAAAACACGAGCUGGAGACUUCUGAUCUAUAAUCUAUAAUCUAUAAUCUAUAAUCUGUAAUCUAUAAUAUAUAAUCUAUCAUCCCUAAUCUAGUUGAGAUUGUAGAGUUAUUGUCCUGCUGUCAGAAGUGCGCUCUGUGUGUUCACUUCCUCAGUCUGCCUGGCAGGCGGCACAUCUGGGCAACAAACACCUAGAUUCAGUUUGAAAGUGUAGGGUUAGGGUUAGGGGUUAGGGGUUAGUAGGACGAUGUUCAACAUUUGUUUCUUCACAGUGACUGAGUCAAAUCUGACGGGAGAGGAAAUGAUGUCAUGUUGCACAUCUGGCUGGUCUUCAUUCAGUAGCUGUGAUGUUGGUUCCAGAUGUUGAGCGACGCUCUUCACCUCCUGCCAGACAGCGGGUCGGGUUUCUGUCUCUCAGCAGACAAACAGGUUCUGUUCAACUUCAUCAAGACUUUAAGAACUUCAUCCAGAGACGUGGUGACGCCGAGGAAUCAGGUGAGCGAUGAAGCGGAGGACGAGGAGGAAGUGUUGAAUCGAUGUGUUGUCCGGCCGUUGCUUAGUAACCUGUGCAGUCAGUGCCAGCUGAUGUCACAAACACGUGUCACCACGCAAACGACUUAGAAAUUCAAACUUUACCCAAAGUGACAGAAGAGAAGUCCAGAGCAGCAAGUCGCUUCGUCCUCAACAGAACCAGAACUAAAGUAUCAACAUGACGUUCAGACAGAAAAAGAUUUUGUUCUUUUCUGUAUUAAACAA